ACUCCAGCAGGUGAAAGCAGUAGAAGGGAUGGCAAAUGUUAGCACUCGCACCACUCAUCGACCUGCUUCGAGUAAUCGAAUCGACAAAGCGACUUUCUAUUGUUUCGAUUCGAGACAGAAUGCAAAAUAUAUACAGGUGAUGAUCGUGGCGCAAGAGUUGCGCGUUUGCUUUUCGUGCCGAAGAUGCAAGUUCAAAUCUACCGAAAAUAUGUCAGAUUUUCAAUUGAUCGCCAUCUCUCUUGGAAAGCAAUGGCGAACUAUCGAGAGUAUAACCUUGCCAAGACAAUCGCUGUGGAGCAUACAUCAAAUAGCGAUCACGAUCUUCAAUCAUGAAAAAUCGACUUGAGGGAGGAAGCACAUACAACAACAAUAUGUAAAAAGAGAGAUAUUGGGAGUCACACCGUCUUUUUGUAAUAAAUAAAAGAUGGCGA